AUGGCAUCGCCCGCCGUGCGAUGCGCAGCGCCUGCUGCCGGCGGCCGCGCCGCCGCUGCCGCUGUGCGGGUGCCGCCGCGUGCGGUGCGCCUGCUGCCGCGCCUCACCUCGCCCCGCCUGAGAGUCUGCGCUGCCGCGCCUGGCGGGGAGGGAAGCACACGGGGAGCCGGAGCUGCCGCCAGCCUGCUGGAGCUGCCAACCGUGCCGGCACCAGCCAGCGGCCUGGCGGCGCCACUCGCCGACCGCACCUCGCUCGGCGGCGAUGGCUCUGCUCCGCAGCAGAGCGCGGCGCUGCAGCAGCAGCCCCUGGACGCCCUGGACGCCAGCCUUCUGGUGCAGGGGGUGGGCCUGGCUGACGCCCAGGCCCUAGAGACGCUCCUGCCCUCGGAGCCAACCGCUGCACCCGAGCCCCGCGCCUCUGCCGCCCACACCGGCACGCUGUGGGGCCUUCUGGUGAUGACGCUGGGCUACCUGCACCUGUCUGUCACCAUCUACGCACUGCCCUCCCUGCUGCCCAUGAUCAGCGAAGACCUGCAGCUGAGCGACCCUCAGGGCGGCCUGCUGACCACGGGGUACACGGUGGUGUAUGGCCUGGCACUCAUCCCUGCAGGGCUGCUGGCCGACUCGCUCAUGGCCACGCGGGUGGGCUUUGCGGUGGCGCAGGGCGUGCAGAACCCGGUGGCCUAUUCCCUCAUCCCGGAGCUCUUUCCUGCCAACCGUACCGCCGCCAUGGCGGUGUACAACUCCGCCAUCUAUCUGGGCAGGGCGCUGUCGUUUGUGGUGGUGAUUCUGGCGGGGCAGCAGGCCGCCGGCCUGGCGGAGGGCGGCGCCUCCCAGCUGCCCGCGCUCGGGGAGGCCGGCGCGGCGCUGGGCGCGGCCGCCGCCGCCUGGCGCCCGCUGCUGUGGUGGCUGGGCCCGCCGGGGCUGGCGGCGGCGGCGCUGGCGCUUUGGACGAUGGAGGAGCCGAGGCGCAAGGGUGAGGCGGGCCGAUUCCUGCCGCUGGUCACCCUCAGCAGCGACAGCGAAGAGGAGGCGGCAGAGAGGGCCAGCGUCGCCACCGCCGGGGCAGCCGCUGCCGGCGACGGCUGGACGGCAGGAGGCGCCGCUGCUGCCGCCUCCCUGGCAGCGCCAGCAGCAGCGCCAGCGCCAGCAGCGGCAGCGGCAGCGGCGCCAGCAAAGGGCCGGCUGGUGUCUGCGCCCGCGGCGGCGGCGCCCGCGGGCCUGGGCGACAGCCUGGCCAAGCUGCGCCAGCUGGCGGGCGACCGCAGCUUCCAGGCGCUGACGGCGGCGGCGGCGGCGGGCGACGUGGCCUCCUGGGCGCUUAUCGGCUGGCAGGCCACUUUCUACCAGCGUGUGUACGAGCUGGAGCCAUCGGUGUAUGCCCCCAUGCUGGCAAUCAUCAUCCCAGUGGGAGGUAUCAUGGGCGGGGUGGGAGCAGCCGUGUUUGGGGACCGCCUGACGGCGCGCGGCGCCCGCGGCUGGCUCACCGCCGGCACCUCGCUGGCCGCCGCCCCGCUGGUGGCGGCCUCGCUGCUGGUUGAAGACUACCGCCUGUCCUUUGCAGCGCUGCUGAUGGGCUAUGCGCUCAGCGAGUGCUGGCGCUCGCCCGCCGCGGUCAUGGUGCGCGAGGUGUCUCCCCCCGGCCUGGGCUCCACAGCCUCUGCCCUGCACCUGUGCAUCCGAGGGCUGGCCGGGGCUCUUGGCCCCAUCGGCGUGGCCCUGCUGGCUGUAGAGGUUGGUCUGCAACAUGCCAUGCUGCUCAUCCCCGCCUGCCACCUGGCGGCGGGCGUGGGCCUGGCGGCCACAGAGGAGGUGCUCAAGUCGGAGCAUGCCAAGGCCAAGGCCAAGGCGGCAGCGCUGCCCGGCGAGCUGGCAAGCCUGGAGUGA